AAAAAUCGUUUCUACUGAUACGUGUUUUUUGUUAUCUGGUCUCACUGACCUGAAUUGUUUAUGAAAUUGGUCUUAAGAUGCCCAAAAAUUCUGACGAUGUUGUCGUUAAAAGAACUAGGUUCCAGCGAAGAAAGCCAACCAUUUGGACGCGCGAAAAAAUAUCCAAACUUAUUGAACUCUACCGGGCCUCGGACUGCUUAUGGAACCACUAUUCUGUGAUGUAUAAAAACAAAGAGUGCCGGGCUAGAGCCAUAGAACACAUCUGCGAAUCCCUCGGGAUAACGAAGAUCGACUACGGAAAGAAGGUGCACAAUCUGCGGAAUCAGUUUAAUUCAGAGUUAAAGAAGCUUGAACGCCGCUUGGAGGAGUCCGGCGGUUCCAGUCCUACGGUCGAGAAGGCUUGCCGUUGGGAGCACUUCAACACACUGAUGUUUCUGCGCUCGGUGAUAGAGCCCCGACCUGGUUACCAACAAACGCCCCAAUCGCAAUGCAAGAAAAUGAUCACCAAGCUCGACUAUAGCUUAUCUGCAAAAGAAGAAGAGCCUAUCCCAUCGUCAAUCGACAGCUUAGAAUCAAUAGUUUUAGAAAGUGCCAGCGAACCCAUACCACCAGAAUCUUCACACUCUACCUGUUUGAGGCCCCCUUCGACCAGUAGGCUAGCAAUAGUAGAGGCUUCUGCCAUAUCAACGCCAGUCCAAAUCCCGUUAACUGGUCGUGACCAAUGGGACGCGUUUGGUGAACUAAUUGCUAACGAAUUCCGCAAUCUAAACUCUGAAAUUUUUCGAAAAAGAUUAAAGCGGAAAAUAAUGCAAGUCAUGUUGGAAAUAGGUGAAGAGGAUGAUUUAGAAUAUACCAACAGAAAUAGCUGAAUUUAAUAAAACUAUUUUGCAUGUA